UUCAACAAACAUCUGUGCUCGGCGUUUGUAUCGCAUAGUUUUUCUCUCAGUAAAUAUCAACACUUCCUUGGCUGUAUACUGUGCUCACAUGAGAUCUCGAAGUAGUUCUUUUUCUACCUAGUGUCUCGAGAUGGAUAAGUUAUUCAUUAAACAAGCGUUCAACGUUUUAAGUAGUGAAGCCAAAGAUCUCGUGUUGAGCCCCAGUGUUCCAGAGACCUUCGGAGUACCAACAGCAUUGGAGUUUGUUAGGGAUCAUGUAGCGAAAAAUUUCCCACUGGUUAUGCGAGAGGCAACCAUGCAUUGGCCUGCUGUAGAAAAGUGGCAUUCAAAAUUCUUCAGAGAAACGCUGCCAGACAAGGAAGUAACGGUGGCCAUCACCCCCAACGGUUACGCAGAUGGAUUAGCCGAACAUGAGGGCGAAGAGUACUUUGUGUUGCCUCUCGAAACGCAAAUGACGAUGGAGCAGUUUUUAAACUGCCUGGAUAGCAGAGGUGAAACCGUCCAUUAUAUACAGAGGCAAAACUCAAAUCUGACGGAAGAUUUCUACGAACUAUGGCAAGACAUUGAAGUUGAAACCCUAGAUUUUGCAACCGAAGCCUUCAACAAGCAGCCAGAUGCUAUAAACUUUUGGAUGGGUGAUGAUCGUGCAAUUACAUCCAUGCAUAAGGACCCUUAUGAAAAUAUCUAUUGUGUUAUAUCUGGAUAUAAAGAUUUCAUUUUAAUACCGCCAGUAGAUUUACACAAAGUGCCUAGAAGACGAUACCCGAUGGGCAUCUACAUGCAGGAAGAUGAUGGAAAAAUGGUAAUCGAACCUAUCUUAAACGAAAUCGGUAAACCACGCCUGAUUGAAUGGGUUGGCAUUGAUCCAUUGGAACCAAAUAUCGAUAAAUACCCGGAAUAUGCAAACGCAUCCGUAUACGAAAUUCGAAUAAAUGCAGGAGAUAUGCUGUACCUGCCCAGCCUCUGGUAUCACCAUGUACGUCAAAGUCACAAGUGCAUUGCGGUCAACUUUUGGUACGACAUGGACUACGACGCCCGGUAUUGUUACUAUAAAAUGAUGGAAAAACUUUGUGGCUACGGUGAUGAAGAUUUGGCCUGAUCCGUUAUGACUAGCUUUGUUAGGAUGCACUCUUGGAUGAAUGUUAUGAUAUGUGUUCAAAAUCACGGUGAGAUUUGUUAAAAAGAUUAGGUAAAUUGUUUAUUCUGUAGUUUUUUUUUUUUCUACAUCGUGAAUUGCACUUUAUGAGUAAUAUUUGAUAUUUUCAGAUUUUUAUAACAACGUAGAAAGACAUUAGAACAAAAGUUAACGUACACUGGUUGAUUUUUUACAAUCGAUAAAAACCGCUUUUUAGCACUAAAACAUAAAAUUAACGCUAAUAUCGUGCCGAUGCGUAGCCCCUGUCCGACGGGUUCUGUGGAAAACCGCAGAGAUGUCGCAGUUCGUAGAGUUCAUCUGGGGAGGCUCCACUAUCCAACCAUUUGGAUUCCAACUCGAACACGAUUUUGCCGAUCCAGUUUUGUAUAACAUACAGCUGCGCAUUCUCAUUGCGAUCGAAUUCCAAAUGCAUGUUGGUGAUUUGUUGGGCAAUCUUCUUUUUGAACCGCGACCUACGCGAAGCUAGGUUAUUUCUCUCGCGAUCCGCUGCCUCCGACGGAUCAUCGUAGACUUUACGUAGCCGCGAUUUGUUGGGAUUGUAUUCUGUGGAGCAGCAAAGAAAAAGUUAUUGUCGAUUACUACCUACUUUAAACUUGGCUGAGAUUUUGCCGUGUCCUUUUCUGAAACAUUUGCUUUGUACAGAAAUUUGUUUCAAAUAGACUAAAAUAUUCGUUACAACUUAAGACAUCAAUAGCAACUUAUAAAAACAGUCUCCAAAAAACUACCCGGCAUGGAGCAUUAAUUGCAUUUAACGUCAAACUAACGUCGGUAAUUUUUUUUCGUUAUGCGUAAUAAUCUAAGAAUCGGAUUGAACCACUGACCCAUUUUUUCAGCAAACGAUGCAUUACUACCUGAACUAUCUACCUGUUUCGCCAAAAUGUAUGAAACAAAGAAAAUCAGGUGCUAGCAUAAUCCCUAUUCAGUAGAAAUUUGCCGGUUAAUUUAUGCAAAUAAUUCCCAAGCGCGAAGAGACUUUUAUGGGGGUAAAAACUUCUUUAUUCCGCCUUUUGUGCGAUAAUGUCCUUUUACAUGGAACAUAAAGUUAACCUGUUGCUGUAAAACGUACUCACCUAAAUCACUUGGAAGUUCUUGCAUUUUAGCAGCCAAAAAUUGCUGCUUUUGUACAUCCGAUCUGUGCAGAAUUGUUGCCAUUUCUUUUUGCAGCCGUUCCGUGUAUUCGGUUUUCAGCAGAUCACGAUACCAAUCAUUCAUGCAUAAAGGAUUAAUAUCAUCUGGCAUUGUUGAAUUGCCAGAGUCAGAGGAAGUUCGCCCAU